AUGACAACUGUUAGAGCCUUGUUGGCAGUUGCAACUAUGAAUGGAUGGUUCACAACUCAGAUGGAUGUCACAAAUGCAUUCUUGCAUGGUGACCUUGAAGAGGAUGUAUAUAUGUCCAUGCCUGUAGGAUAUUCUGGUAUAAGCAGCAGAAUCUUAGUUGACUCUCAGGGAAAUAAUCCAAGCAAGAAUUCAACUCUUGUGUGCAAGUUAACAAAAUCAUUGUAUGGGCUCAAAAAGGCACCUAGACAAUGGUUCAAAAAUCUGUCCACCUCUUUGGGCAAUUCUGUCACUAUAGUGUUGGUGUAUGUUGAUGACUUGCUGAUUACAGGCAACAACAAGGGAGAAAUUGCUAGAAUCAAGAAAAUGUUGGCUUCUCAUUUUCAUAUGAAAGAUCUGGGGUCUCUAAGGUACUUUCUAGGCCUUGAAAUUGAUCAUACUGAUCAGGGCAUUUUUAUCUCCCAAAAGAAGUACACAACUGACUUGCUGAGAGAAGAGGGGUUGCUGAAUGUGAAACCUUUGAAGCUUCCUAUUGAUUCUCAUUUAAAGCUCUCUGCUGAUAAAGGGACACCUCUCCCAGAUCCUGCUAGAUAUCAACAAUUGUUAGGGAAACUGAUCUACUUAACAAUUACCAGGCCUGAUAUAUCCUUUACAGUUCAGUUGCUUAGUCAAUUUAUGCAUUCACCUACUUCAACUCAUAUGCAAGCUGUAAAAAGGUUGCUGAGUUAUCUAGCUGGUACUGUCUCUCAAGGUGUGUUGCUUGCAAGCUCUUCUGCAGCAGAAUUGGCUGCAUACUGUGAUAGUGAUUGGGCCAUCUGUCCAACCACUAGAAGAUCUACAACAAGUUACUGUGUUUUGUUGGGAAAAUCUCCUUUAUCUUGA